GCUCUGAUGUUAACGCCCUCCCAGGCGAGUGGGUGUGACUUCGUGUUGGGCUCUGAGACCUGGGGCUGUCCUAUUGGCUGCCGGCCGUCACCGGCGAAGGCGUGGUGAUUAGUGACAACUAAUCAGAAGCCUGGCUGGACUUUGGCGGGAGACGAGAAGGCAGAGGUAGAGCGGAUUUGGCGCGAGCUGACUUUGCAACUCCUGUAGGUCUUGUGGCGGGAGAGUCCUUGCGGUUGUGAUCGAGACCCGAGGAGUGUGCACUGAGCGACACAGUCCAGAAGAGUAAAAAGCUCCGUGAGGUCUGGUGUCCAGAGAGUUGAGGCUGGUCGGAACAAGCCGGUGGAGAGCGGAAAUCGCCUGAGUUGUGUGGCCAUCAUGCCUCAAACCCGAUCCCAGACACAAGCUACCAUCAGCUUUCCGAAAAAGAAGCUAUCUAAGACCCUGAGCAAAACCAAGUCUGGUGACAGUGAAGGAAAGCUUAGAAACGUCCAGCCUGUAUCCGCCACUCCAUGUGCGGACAUAAAGAUCCUGCCGCUCAGUCCCCGAAAACGUUUGGGCGACGACAACCUGUGCAACACUCCCCGCUUAUCUCCCUGUUCUCCGCCAAAGCUGGGCAAGAAAGAAAACGGCCCCCCUCGCUCCCAUACGCGGAAGGGGUGCAGAUUAGUAUUCGAUGAUGAGCCCACAGUUAAGGCUUCCACCCAAAAAGAACAAGACAGAGUUCACCAACACCAGAUACUUUCCUCCAAUCAAAGAGGUCCAGAGAGCGAAACCAAUCUUGAGCAGAGAUGUCCACCGGAGAAGGAAUCUGUGUGUGUAAGACUGUUCAAGCAAGAAGGCACUUGUUAUCAGCAAGCAAAGCUAGUCCUGAAUACAGCUGUCCCGGACCGGCUGCCUGCCAGAGAGCAGGAGAUGGGAGUCAUCAGGGAUUUCCUGAAGGAACACGUCUGUGGGGGAAAAGCGGGGAGCCUCUACCUUUCUGGUGCUCCUGGAACUGGAAAAACUGCCUGUUUAAGCCGGAUUCUGCAAGACUUCAAGAAGGAAGUAAAAGGCUUUAAAACUAUCCUGCUGAAUUGCAUGUCCCUGAGGAGUGCCCAGGCUGUGUUCCCAGCUAUUGCUCAGGAGAUUGGUCGGGAAGAACUAUGCAGACCAGCUGGGAAGGACUUGAUGAGAAAACUGGAAAAGCACUUGACGGCUGAGAAGGGCCCCAUGAUUGUGUUGGUGUUGGACGAGAUGGACCAGCUGGACAGCAAAGGGCAGGAUGUAUUAUACACACUGUUUGAGUGGCCGUGGCUAAGCAACUCCCGACUGGUGCUCAUUGGUAUUGCUAAUACCCUAGAUCUCACAGACAGAAUUCUGCCGAGACUUGAAGCUAGAGAAAACUGUAAGCCGCGGUUAUUGAACUUCCCACCUUAUACCAGGAAUCAGAUAGCUGCAAUCUUGCAGGAUAGACUUAAUCAGGUUUCAAAAGACCAGGUUCUGGACAGUGCUGCGAUUCAGUUCUGUGCCCGCAAAGUGUCUGCUGUCUCGGGAGACAUCCGUAAAGCGCUGGACGUUUGCAGGCGAGCCAUUGAACUUGUGGAGUCUGAUGUCAGGAGCCAGACAGUCCUCAAACCACUCUCCGAAUGUAAAUCGCCCAGCGAGUCGCUGGUUCCCAAGCGCGUUGGUCUUGCUCACAUAUCCCAAGUCAUUUCGGAAGUUGAUGGGAACAGGGUGAUGUUGAGCCAAGAAAACACACAGGAUUCCCUUCCCCUCCAGCAGAAGAUCCUGGUUUGCUCUUUGCUGCUCUUGACCAGGCGGCUGAAAAUCAAAGAGGUCACCCUGGGGAAGUUAUAUGAAGCCUACAGUAGCAUCUGUCGCAAACAGCAGGUGGCAGCUGUGGACCAGUCUGAGUGUUUAUCCCUUUCAGGACUCCUGGAGUCCAGGGGCAUUGUGGGAUUAAAGAAAAAUAAGGAGAGCCGCCUCACCAAGGUGUCUCUGAAGAUUGAAGAAAAGGAAAUAGAACAUGCCCUGAAAGGCAAAGCGUUCAUUGGGAACAUCCUAGCUGCUGGUCUGCCCUGAGUGUUUCUCUUACGGUGCCUGCAGGUGUCCCGCUGGCGUUUGGCAGCCCGGAGAGUCUUUGUUUUAGUAAGGUCAUUUGGAAACAGUUAUGGCCUUUUUUUACUCCACACCAGUAAAUUUUAGUGUGUGAAUUCAUGAGUGUUAGCGCUGGCUAACAUCUUUGGCUCUUACUGUUUUUACCCAUAAAAAUGACCCGAGGAGCUGGGUGUGGUGACAUGCCUGCGAUUCCAGCACUUGGGACAUAGAGUCAGGAGUUCAAGGCCAUCCUUUGCUACAUAGUGAGUUUGAGCUGGCCUGGACAACAUGAGACUCUAAAAAUAAAACCAGUGACCCCUUUUAAAGCAAUAUUCAGUACUUUUCCCUCUUCACAUUCCUAACCACAGUACCCACAAGUAUAUAUAUAUACAGACUUGUGUUGAAGAAUUUGUAUAUGUAUUACCUCUGUCUACAAAGGAUAUAUUUUGUAAAGAACUUUGAGGUUUAGAAGGAUGAAACGGAAUGAUCCAAAAAAUACACAAGCCUACGUGGAAAUAUAAAGGACAUUUUGUUCAGAGGAUGUUCCAUUUGUGUGACGGGUGCUGCUGCUACACUGCACUGAUGAAGAUGCUCCAGUGCUCCCCACCAGUAUGGGGGUGAUAAGGAGAGUAACUACGGAUUGUGAAUAUAUUUAUUUUCAAGUUU